CCCUCCGGCGCUCGCUUUCUGUCAGCGGCAGUGGGACUCCUGGCCAGCGUCGGGCUCCCCUCGCCCCGAGCGCACGCACCUGCAGGCCGCGGCCUCUCCUCCUCCCCGCGUCCCUCCGCUAUCCUCGGGCCAGAAGGCUCGGCCGGCGCGGCGCCUCGUGGCUGCGUCACCGCCGUCCCGCAGACAAGAUGGACACCGCCGAGGAAGACAUAUGUAGAGUGUGUCGGUCAGAAGGAACACCUGAGAAACCGCUUUAUCAUCCCUGUGUAUGUACUGGCAGUAUUAAGUUUAUCCAUCAAGAAUGUUUAGUUCAGUGGCUGAAGCACAGUCGAAAAGAAUACUGUGAAUUAUGCAAGCACAGAUUUGCUUUCACACCAAUUUAUUCUCCAGAUAUGCCUUCACGGCUACCAAUCCAAGACAUAUUUGCUGGACUGGUUACAAGUAUUGGCACUGCAAUACGAUACUGGUUUCAUUACACACUUGUGGCCUUUGCAUGGCUGGGAGUUGUUCCUCUUACAGCAUGCCGCAUCUACAAGUGCUUGUUUACUGGCUCCGUGAGCUCUUUACUGACACUGCCACUAGACAUGCUGUCCACGGAAAAUUUGUUGGCGGAUUGUUUGCAGGGCUGUUUUGUGGUGACAUGCACACUCUGUGCUUUCAUCAGCCUGGUGUGGUUGCGAGAGCAGAUAGUCCAUGGGGGAGCGCCAAUUUGGCUGGAACAUGCUGCUCCCCCCUUCAAUGCUGCCGGGCACCACCAAAAUGAGGCUCCCGUAGGAGGAAAUGGUGCAGAAAAUGCUGCUGCUGAUCAGCCUGCUAACCCACCAGCUGAGAAUGCAGUGGUUGGGGAGAACCCUGAUGCCCAGGAUGAUCAAGGGGAAGAGGAGGAGGAAGACAAUGAGGAGGAAGAUGAUGCAGGUGUGGAAGAUGCUGCAGAUGCUAACAAUGGAGCCCAAGAUGACAUGAACUGGAAUGCAUUAGAAUGGGACCGGGCUGCAGAAGAGCUUACGUGGGAAAGAAUGCUAGGACUUGAUGGAUCACUAGUUUUUCUGGAACAUGUGUUCUGGGUGGUGUCUUUAAAUACACUGUUCAUUCUUGUUUUUGCGUUCUGUCCUUACCACAUUGGCCAUUUCUCCCUUGUUGGUUUGGGAUUUGAAGAACAUGUCCAGGCAUCUCAUUUUGAAGGCCUAAUUACAACCAUUGUUGGAUAUAUACUUUUAGCAAUAACACUGAUAAUUUGUCAUGCGUUGGCGACUCUUGUUAAGUUUCAUAGGUCUCGUCGCCUACUGGGAGUCUGCUACAUUGUUGUUAAGGUGUCUUUGUUGGUCGUAGUAGAAAUUGGAGUGUUCCCUCUCAUCUGUGGCUGGUGGCUGGAUAUCUGCUCCCUGGAAAUGUUUGAUGCUACUCUGAAAGACCGAGAACUGAGCUUUCAGUCGGCUCCAGGUACUACGAUGUUCCUGCACUGGCUGGUGGGGAUGGUGUAUGUGUUCUACUUUGCCUCCUUCAUUCUGCUGUUGAGAGAGGUACUUCGACCUGGUGUCCUAUGGUUUCUAAGGAAUUUGAACGACCCAGAUUUUAACCCAGUACAGGAAAUGAUCCACUUGCCCAUUUAUAGGCAUCUCAGAAGAUUUAUUUUGUCAGUGAUUGUCUUUGGCUCCAUUGUGUUGCUGAUGCUCUGGCUUCCUAUCCGGAUAAUUAAGAGUCUGCUCCCUAAUUUUCUUCCCUACAAUGUCAUGCUCUACAGUGAUGCUCCAGUGAGUGAACUGUCCCUUGAGCUGCUUCUGCUUCAGGUUGUCUUGCCAGCGUUACUUGAACAGGGACACACAAGGCAGUGGCUGAAGGGGCUUGUGCGCGCGUGGACCGUCACUGCCGGGUACUUGCUGGAUCUUCAUUCCUACUUACUGGGGGACCAGGAAGAAAACGAGAACAAUGCAAACCAACAUGUCAACAAUAACCAGCAUGCUCGAAACAACAAUGCUAUUCCUGUUGUUGGAGAAGGUCUGCACGCAGCCCACCAAGCCAUCCUCCAGCAGGGAGGCCCCGUUGGCUUUCAGCCUUACCGCCGGCCUUUGAAUUUUCCACUCAGGAUAUUUCUACUGAUUGUCUUCAUGUGUAUAACGUUGCUGAUUGCCAGCCUCAUCUGCCUUACUGUACCAGCCUUUCUAUUUUCAGUAUUUGCCGGCCGCUGGUUAAUGUCAUUUUGGACGGGGACUGCCAAAAUUCAUGAGCUGUACACGGCUGCUUGUGGCCUUUAUGUUUGCUGGCUCACCAUCAGGGCGGUGACGGUGCUGGUGGCCUGGAUGCCUCAGGGACGCAGAGUGAUUUUCCAGAAGGUUAAAGAGUGGUCUCUAAUGAUAAUGAAGACUUUGAUCGUUGCUGUGCUGCUGGCCGGGGUCGUCCCGCUGCUUUUGGGGCUCCUGUUUGAGCUGGUUAUUGUUGCUCCCCUGCGGGUUCCUUUGGAUCAGACUCCUCUUUUUUAUCCUUGGCAGGACUGGGCGCUGGGAGUCCUGCAUGCCAAAAUCAUCGCAGCUAUAACUCUGAUGGGCCCUCAGUGGUGGCUGAAAACUGUGAUUGAACAGGUUUACGCAAAUGGCAUUCGGAAUAUUGACCUUCACUAUAUCAUCCGUAAGCUGGCAGCUCCGGUUAUCUCUGUGCUCCUGCUUUCCCUGUGUGUACCGUAUGUCAUAGCUUCUGGUGUUGUUCCGUUACUAGGUGUUACUGCAGAAAUGCAAAACUUAGUCCACCGGCGGAUUUAUCCAUUUUUACUGAUGGUCGUAGUGUUGAUGGGAAUCCUGUCCUUCCAGGUCCGCCAAUUUAAGCGCCUUUAUGAACAUAUUAAAAAUGACAAAUACCUUGUGGGGCAACGCCUGGUGAACUAUGAGAGGAAGUCUGGCAAGCAAGGCACAUCUGCGCCACCUCCACAGUCGUCCCAAGAAUAAAGUGGUUAUCUCCACUCCUUGACUUCCCCUUGCCUUUCUGUGUCCUUUUUUGUGGACUUCUCACUUUGGAGAUUUUCCUUGUGAUCUCAGCGUUUUUAAGUUAAAUGUACUUGACUUGUGUCCUCAGCAUUCAGAGCAGCGCUUAAGGCACUGCAUUCCUCCUCCCUGCAUCUGCCGGCAUCACUGCUGUCUGGGAUCUGUAUAUGUGUAAAUAGAUGAAGUUCCUUGAUACCCUAAACCUUGGAGUAAACAGAAUGCAUUGUACAUCUUUAAACAAAAUGUAUAUUAAUUUAUUAAAUCUAGUUGUCACUUUAUUUUGGACCUGCUGUGACCUCGACAGAGAUGUGCCACAGAGCAGUAGUGCACAGAUGGGACUUUCCGGUGACGGCUUGUGGAGCAUGGUUCAUGGCAUCCUAACAGAUCGUACUGGGUAACUCUGUGUUCUGUCUUUGGCUAUUCAGACCUCACCAGGAGCCCCAAAGGAAAGUAGUCAUCAGAGUGGAGUGUCUGUGGUAAGGAAACAUGAACUUUGGGCUUUACUGUCGGUCGCUUUUUGGAAAUUAUUUUGUAUGACACCAAAGCUGUUGUACACUUUCUACUGCCUGAUUUUUCUUGUGUCUGUGUUUGUGAUAUUGUACAGUAUCUUGUGUAGGUGAGGAAAUUGUUUUUAAUUUUGGUAAUUUAAUAUUCCUAGUCAUCAGCAUUGGGAGUUGGGUUUUGUGCUUGUUACGGGCAUGUCUAUACUUAGAUGAAUUACAAAUGAAGGUUUUCAUUAGUCCCCUCUUCCCUUUCUGUGCAGCUCCCUUUUUGUCAGCAGUGGCCAAAAGUGUCAUGCCAGAUUAGAAGUCUUAUGGAAUAACACUACCAACAAUACUGCAUUUCAGUUGGUCAAGGAAUUCUGAGUGGCUUAUCAAGUGCAGGUCUGGUUGUCAUCUGGGGUUGACAGCAGCCGAGGAGAAUGGUUCGAGCACCCAGUUUUGCCAGGUGCUGCACAGUGGUGAGGGUCAGUGAAAGCCUUUCUCCAUCAGUAAAUCUCAGUUUCCAAAGCUUUUGUUUACAGUAAACUGCAAAUAAAACCAAGUUUUAUUUGUCUAGAAGGAAGCUAGCUGAGCUGGUCUUUUAACAUAGGAAUGUAUUUCAUUAGAAAAGUGCUUAUAAAAUCUUAAGAGAACAGAAUACUUACAAACCUGGUUUUCCCUUAGCCAAAGCUUCAAGUUUGAAGUUUAGAAGAAUAGAUAGUUGAGAACAUCAGGUGUUUAGUGGUGAUGAUAUAUUGUAAGGGGAGUGUUGGUUUCUAGUGACAAUUUAGAAGUUCUCAUGGAGUGAGGACGCUGUAGCUCUUUAGAAACUAAAAGAAUUUCCAUAUAGUAUUAAAGACCCCUAAGUUCAAGUGUGAGAGAUUUUUUUUUUAAACAAAAGUGAGCCAAACAUAAGGUACCAAGUUAAGAGCAAUGUGUUCUUUUAUUUUCCAACAAAAUCCCCUCAGUGAUAAGCAAAUACUUUAAAAUACAUUUGAAAACAGUAUAUUAAAGAUAACCCCACACAGUGCUUAAUAUAGGAUUCAGUGUUAGCACCAUUUGGCACUUUGUAAUAACCCUUUCUCUUGUAUUUAAAAUAAGGUCCUUGCUAGCAGACCCUACCUUUAUUCAUAGAUUUAGUCCUACUAUAAAAUUAGGAGUGGUUUAUAAUGUAAUGCCAUUUGUCAUGGGGUAUAUCUAGAAAAAUUCUUUCAGGGAGGAAAGUAUUACUGAAUUGGGCAUAUAACUUAUUUAGGUUUCAUUUUUAAUUUUUAAAGAAUUUACAGAUCUUGAUAUAGCACAAAAAGUUAAAAAACUGUUAAUCUUGUGAAAUUUCAAGUGAAUCCCCUGCUUUGUUCAAAACAAAAACGCAGCACGGGGCCAAAAUUUGGCGGACAGCUCUAUGUUGUCUUAACUAAGGAAUCCUCUCUGCAGUUCAGUUCUGCUUUGUCCUGUUUUCAGUAAGGUAAAUCCUUUUGUAAGGGUUGGUCAAGCAUAAUAUUUGCUAGGGUAGCAUCCAGGUUUUAUUAAUGAUCAGUAAUUGUAAAUAUUUAAAACACAUAGUUCGGUGUUUGUAUUUGCUGCCCUUCUUACAGAGAAUUUGAAAAGAUUCAAGUUCUGCUUCAGGUUGCAUUGGGCUAACACAGUCUUCAAGGAAGCUCACUAGGAAAGACCUGUUUGCUUAUUAUUUAUAAAUUGAAGACAAAUCAACAUUUCGGGGUUAGUUUUACAUGACCAGAAUGGUCACAGUUUGAAAUGUGCAGUUCAUUAUUAGCAAAUUAUGGUUUGAUUUUUUAAAAAAAACUAUAUAAAGUCCUAAUAGUGUAGAUGAAAACUGAAGACAGUGCCAAUGUAAAGUGUGUGUGGCUAGCCUUAAACCUUCAUAUUUAUAGGGGUUGUUGUGUCGCUCCCCCCUCCCCCAAAAAACCCCAAAUGAGAUGGGACAUCUCUAUUCCAGAUAGAAACAAGUAAUUUUUAUUUUAUGUCAACAUUCAGUAUAACUGUUUAUUGUAAAAUCUUGUCUUACUUCCCCACUUCAUACAAUAGAAAAUAACUUUCCUUCUAAUGAUUUCAUCUUAGGUAUGUCAUAUCUGUAUUGGCAAAAUGCUCCAUUAAAGUAUAAUCCUUGAAUUUA